AUGAAGGGGAAAUUUGCUGCUGCAGAGAACGAUGUCUUAGACGCCAAGAUUUUCUUCGUGUUGCAUAGAUGUCGCGUAAACCACAAGGACUGGAGGAAGCUGAUGAAGAAGCUGAAAAGGAAAAAGAAGAGACAGAAAACAGCUCAGGACAGAGAUUCUGCUUUGAAACAAGAAUUGGAAAAGUUGUUGGCAAGUGCAGAAUACAAAACAUGGCUCUUGCAGAGGAAACAGCUGCAAGAAGAAGCAGAAGAAAAGAUGGAAAUGGAAUCAGAGAAGAUGAAUGCUGAAUGGCAGAGGAAAGAGGUGGAGGCACAGCAAAAGUUUGCCUGGCAAAGGGCCAGAGAAGUGGCCAAAGCAGAGGCUGAGGAAAGGCAGAGACUUGAGUGGCUGAAACUGCAGGAAGAAGCUCAAGAGAAACUGAAAAAGGAGACAGAGGCCAAGGAAAGUUGCAGUCUUAUGCUGGGCUCUUUGAUAAUCAGCAUCUGGCUCUUUGAACAUGCUCAGAUUCUUGCCAAUGAGAAGCUUCAAGAGGUGCUGAGAAAAGAAGCUCCCCUGAGAAACCCUGAUGCACCAGCUGGCCCAUACAAGGCUGAAGGGAACCCUGUGCCAUUUUGUGCUGAACAUGAGAGAUAUGGUCUUUGUCGUUUUGGAGCUGCAUGUCGCAGGUACCAUAUGACGUAUGCCUCAGCUUCAGUGAUUGCCAUCCCUGACUUCUUCACUCACUUUGCCUUGACUGAAGGCAGAAAACGUGGGGAAUAUGACACUGACAUUAGCCUGGAGUUUGAAGAAAGUGACAUUCGCAAGCAUUUCUUGGAGUUCUGGGAUGAAGUGUACCCAGAAUUAUCAGCAUUUGGUCAGUUGGGGCAAGUGAAGGUGUGCUGCAACUCAGGGUUGCCAUUGAGAGGAGCUGUGUUUGCCCAAUACCAGCUGCAAAGUGAUGCUGUCAAGGCUCAGACUAGUCUGCAUGGGAGGUGGUUUGCUGGAAGGCAGAUCAAUGUGUUCCUGGUCAGGGUGCCAUCUUGGAGAAGGGCCUUGUGUGGACCAGACCAGCAUCAGAGAGCAGGAGGAGGAGGAGUUCUGAGAGACUUUCCAUUAGGUCCAGCAGGAGGGAAGAAACAGUUGAAGAUCAUACUGGGAAGCAGAGUUGUUCUGGGUCUUCAUCCAGGAGGAAGAAAAGAAGAAGAAUCCCCAGCACUUCUUCCUCUUCUUCUGAGGACUAUGAAUACAGAGAAAUGCGAUGGAAAUGGAAUGAUAGAAUCUCCAGCAGUUCCCCUGUUUUCUUGUGUUCAAAUAUAG